AUGGUGGAAAAAGAACUUAAAAGGUACGACAUUUUCGUGGUUCUCUUUGGAACCAUUUUGAGCUUCGCUGACCCCAUCACUGAUAUUCUCACACUGGUCAAAUUUUACCGCGCAGACCACAAGACAUGGUUCGGUGUUGGGCUCACAUUUGUUAUUUUUUCAUGUGUGGCUUUUUCUGUAAAUUACUAUGCACCGAAAGAAUCUGAACUGAAAGGGGUCAGCCGCGCUAGGAGAUACACACAAGUUUCAGCCUCGGUGAAACUGCAAACCCUUAUUUUCUACCUGAAGAAUUUUAACAACCUUUGGCGGGGCGAUAAGAUCAAAACGUCUCAUACUGGAACGGCUGUUGAUGAUACUGGCUAG